AGCCACUUCCGCGGCAAUACCGCGGCCUACGCCCCGCGCGACGUGGUUCGGCUGCUGCAUGGCUUCCGGGAGACGGGCUACCUCAGGGAGUCGCAGGUGGUGCACUUCUGGGGCACCGCUCAGUCGCGGCUGCGCCUGUUCACGGGUCUGCAGAUGCUGUCGCUCGCGCGGGUGCUGGCAGAUGCGUGCGCAGGCUCCCCGACUCUCUCUGGCGACUUCCGUGGCCGCUUCUACGCGGUGGCCGCGAGGCUCGCGAGGUCCGUGGACGACAUGCCCCCCGAGAGCCUCUGCGAGGUCGCCGCCAUCUGGGCCCGCGUCGGCCUCCGAGACUGGCAGCUCCUCUCCGCGGUCUCGGCGUCCGCCGUGGCCCGCUUCGCGGAGCUCAGCGAGGAGGUCUCGCCAGACAGGAUCUCGCGGAUGCUCUACACGUACGCGACGCUCGGCGCCCCCGACCACGUCCCCGAGGCGCUCCGGACACCGGUGCGCCAGAUGCUCCACAGGGCGCUGCGGGCGCUCGCCGGCGCGGAGGCCCUCAGCGCCCUGGACCUGGCCGGGCUGCGCCGGGUGCUGCUCGGCAUCGCGCUCUGGGGCCCGGCGGAGGCCUCGGCGGCGGCGCCGCGCGGCGGGGGCCUCGCGGAGGCGCAGCGGGCCGUGCUGGUGCGCGGGCUCGGCGCGGCGCUCGCCGUGGCGGGGCGGGGCGCGCCCGAGGCCACGGCCCCGGGCGUCCAG